AUGGCGACGGGGCUCUUGGCCCUGGGAGGCUUCGCCUCUUUACUUCUCGGGUCUUCGGCAUGUUCAAAUUUUCUCAUGAACAAUGACUACGGCAUCUCUGUGCGGACGAUGGACUUGGGAAGCAUCCCGGGCCUAGGCUGGUCUCUCUUGGCUGUGCCUGCGGGCUUACCUGGGCUUCGAUCUUCCAAGCAUGGUUACCUGGGUUUCGCAGCCACGAUCAUGGGAGUUAUUGAGGAAAAUUCUCAAUUCGGGGGCAUGAACGAUGCGGGUCUCAGCUGUGAUGCGCAGACGUUGUUGGGAAGCCAGUACCCGGGCGCUGCUGUCGGGAAGGACAACAUGGAGGCUAUUCUUCUUUGCCGGUGGGCUUUGGAAGGAUUUGCUACCAUUGACGAGAUACAGGAAGGCCUGAAGUCAGUCCAGUUUACCGAGCCCAAGUCGGUUUUUGCCCUUGUUGGCGGCUUGCACUGGGUUCUCAGAGAUGGGACGGGAAAAGGGCUCGUGGUUGAGUUCCUGGAUGGCAAGACCGUCACCCGAGAGGAUCUGAAUGAUGGCGACAGCACCUUCGGCAUUAUGACGAACGAGCCUUCCUUCGACUGGCAGCUACAGGCAAUCCGGCACUUGAAGUGGAAGGAAGGCCUCGCCAGAACAGCAGUGGCCAUGCCCGGUGCAUGGUAUCCGGAAGACCGCUUCCAGCGAAUCUUCCAGGUGAAAAGGGGGAUGCCUGUCCCGAAGUCCUACCAGGAGGCAGUCAUGCAAGCCGUGCAUGUGCUGAAUACGGUCACGGUGCCCAUGGGCCUUCAGCUUGGCACAGACUCCGGUAAACAUUCUGGAGAAGGCUCGGGCGACCACACCCAGUGGGGCGUGAUCUAUGACCAUGUCCAGAAGAGCAUCUACUGGAGAUCUUCCGUCAACCACAAUCUUCAGAGGCCCGGACGGGAGUGUGCGUGGGGAGAGGCACGCACGAAUCUGGCAGCGAGUAGCACCCUUCGAUGA